AUGCCAGCGUCGGGCGCCUUGUACCCCGCCAGCGUGUUCGUCGCCGCGCUCCUCCUCCUCGAACGAGCCGCCGACGCCUUUAUCCACAGCGUGUCGCACCUCUCUUCGCAGCUUAGCAUCAGUCCCACUCUCAUCGCGCUUCUAACCGCUGGCGCAGAGUGGGAGGAGCUCGUCGUCGUCGUCGCCGCACUCGCCCACGGUUCGUCCAACCUCGCGAUCGCCAACGUGGUCGGAUCCGCCAUCGCCAACAUCCUCGGCGCUUUCUCGCUCGGCAUCAUCGCAGCGCCCAACGCGAUCCAGUUCGACGCCAGCUCCCGCAGAUUUGCCAUCAUCCACGCCGCCAUCACCACCCUCGUCAUCGCCCUCCUCCUCACCGUACAGCUCCAGCACGGAGAUACGCACGCCAAACUCGCCACACAGCGCCUCUUUGAAAACGUCGUCGGCCUCAGCCUCAUCACCCUCUUUGUCCUUUACUUUGUUGGCCUCUCCUGGGCCAUCGGGCGCGGCAUGCUCGCCGCUCCCCAGCCGUCCGACUCGGAAUCCGGUUUCGAAUCCGCCGAUGACUCCUCCUUCUCCUCCUCGGCCUCGCCCUCGCCCUCGCCCAGCACCUACAGCGAUGCCUCCUCCCCCCCUCCAGCACGCACACGCACACGCACACGCGCGCAAGCUCCGGCCGCACGCCGCCCUAAUCCGCGCACCACCGCCACCGCAAACGCCCUCGAGAGCACACCGCUCCUGGUGGGCUCAGCCACCUCGUCCAACCUCGCCGCACGCCUCACACGCAGGCGUCGACGCGCACAGCUCCGCAGCCUCCGCAACCUCGUCGCCGCCUUCCUCCUCCUCUCGCUCGCAGGCUACCUCCUCUCCCACUCCGUCCUCGACCUCGCAUCGCUCCUCAAUCUCUCCGACUCGCUGCUCGGCCUCACCCUGCUCUCCUUCGCCACCACCAUCCCCGAAAAGCUCCUCAGCGUAUUCGCUGGCCUCCGCUCCGCACCUCCUACCAAACCACCACCUCCACCACCCUCCACCUCCCGCCCGACAUCCUCCAUUGCGCCGGCAGCCCAACGCUCCCCGCAACGCGCUCACAACGAGCCCGACAUCGCCCGCAGCGCAAGCAGCGUGCUCAUGGCCGCAGCCACAGGCAGCAACAUCUUCCUCCUCACCCUCUGCCUUGGCAUCUCCUUGCUCUUUGACCGCGAUCAUCCCUCCCCCAGCCCCUCUAUCCAAUCCACCUCUCCCCCGCAUUCCCAUCCUCUCGCCGCCAGCAGUGUCCGGUGGCAAGAACUCGCGCUGCUCGAGGUCGCCUCCCUCUUCCUCGUCUUUAUCGCCUAUACCGACGCACAGCGCUGGCAAGGUCUCCUCCUCCUCCUCGCCUACUUUGCCUUUCUUGUACUGGAAUUCACGUAUCUGCGCAGGUGA